AUGACAAGUCUUAGGCAAAGUACUGAAGAUAGUGAUACGGCAAUGCUGCAAGUUUUUCAAUUCUCUUUAAUAGACUCGGCGGAAGAAUGGUUGUAUUUCCUUCCCCCAGGGAAUAUAACAACAUGGGGUGAAAUGAAAAAGCUAUUUUUAGAGAAGUACAAAAAGUUGGUGGCGAGUUUCCCUCACCACAACAUAUCACCAAAACUCAUCAUUCAAUAUUUCUAUGAAGGAUUACUUCCAGAGCAACGAAAUUUGAUUGAUGCGGCUGCUGGUGGUUCACUAACUGAGAAGACAAUCUCGCAGGCAACCAGUUUGAUUGAGAGCACGACCUCGAAUGCUCAACAAUUUUACACCAGAAAUGACUCAAAUGUCAGAAGAGUUAGCGAAAUGGGAGAAUCUCCAAAUACAGAGCACCAGUUAAGCACCAUUGAAAAGGCGAUUCAUCGUAUAACUUCGGUAGUUGCUCCACCAUACGAAGAGGAGGCCGAGUUUCAGCAACCACAACAAGCUAAAUAUCAGGUAAAUUUUAUCGAUGAUAAGUUCAACAUGCUAAUGCAAAGCAUGCAGUGUGUUGCAUCUACAACACAGAGUCUCAAGGAAACAGUUCAACAAAAUCAACAGAAAGCCGAACAAAAUCAGUUAAAAACUGAUAACGCUAUUAGAGAUUUUCAUGCUCAAAUGGGGCAAUUAGCUACUGAUAUGAAUCUCAUGAAGGCGCAAGCUUCAACAAAGUUGCCAUAA